UUUUAUUUUAAAAAAUUUAUCGCUGGAGACCUCAGUUUAGUUGUUUGUCAUAAAAUCAGUUUUUUUAAACUAAUUAACGACUUGGAUGUAAUCUUGCGAUAGAACGAAGAGAAGGUAUUUAUUAAAUGAACAAAGCUUCUUCCAAAUUGUUUAACCACACUGUCAUAGAUCCCAGAGAUGAGAUAGAUGCAAGAUUUCAAUAUUGUUAUUCAGUAUUGACCUCUAGUUGUACCGGUUUAUCUGAAAGGGAAAUACACGACACAUUAAACGGCAUAGUUUGCAAAGGUGCUCAACAAUACGAAGUGAUCAGUUUAGGCCUUCUGUACACCAUAUUAACAGAGCCUAGUGUCUGCCAGAAAGCUUUCAGAGAUCUAAUGCUCCUCUCUAGGGAUGGAUUCAAUCUAGUUCUCACAAAAAUCAACCAAAUAAUUUGCGAAAAAUGGACAAAGCUGAGUGACCUGGGUAAGAAACAAAUCUUAUGGCUAACUCAUGAAUGCGUUAGAAAUUCGGUCAUAGGUAUUGAUUCCGUCUUCUUUUACCUGGUGAGACAGAUGGGGACGGGUGAUUUGAACCCCAAAAAUGUUUGGCUCGUCGAUACCGUUUUAGAUUUAUUGAGGGAUUGCGAAGAUUGGCUUUUCAAGAACGCCCACUUAGUGCCUUACGUACUUUACACGUAUCUUCGAUUGAUCGAAGAUCAUUUAGCUCCCACUUACAUUGCCCUGAAACAAAAAGAAAUCGACUUUUGCAUCAAGAUUCUGCGCAGUCACUUUACCGAUUGCAUGGUAAUUGGACGCGAUCUGAUUAGGCUACUCCAAAGCGUGGCUCGCAUACACGAAUUCGAUUUGCUUUGGCAAGAUAUCCUUUACAAACCUCAGCUUCUAACCCCGAACACACCGAACAUAAUCAAACGCUUAGCAUCAACACGAACUCCCCGGAAAUACCCAGCAUCACGCGUGACGCCCGAACUAGAAUCUAAACUCGCCUUUUUGACUCAUAAAGUCAGAUUUUCUUCGAGUUAUAAUUUAAAUUCGGCGGGUUAUCCUAAUGCAACUGGUGUUUGUGCGCCUCUCAAGCGUUAUCAGGAUUGGUUGGCCCGAAGCCACAUAGCUCGCAUGCGCGGCACUUGCCUUGUCGACGCGAUUCGAUUCGUUUGCUCUGUUAUUCACCCGCCUAAUGAAGUGCUGGCCAGUGACGUUACACCACGGUGGUCACUGAUUGGCUGGAUGUUGUUAUCGUCUGCUUCGGCUAAUAUCGCUCAACAGGACGGUAAUUCUGCUAUGGGAGGGGGAUACAAUAGCUACUCGCCCGGCGCAUCAUCAUACAAUUCCGUAACCCUAUGCCAAUGUAAGAUGGCCCUGUUUUGCGACUGGUGGGGCUACGAUCCCAAACGUGACAGCAUCAUGAACGUUGAACCCGGUAUACUCGUCAUCUACCACGGGCUCAAAUCUCACCCGGCUAUGGCCCAGAGCUUGCUAGAAUUUUUGUGUACUAUGACCAGAGAAGUCGGGGUAGGGUGGCCCGAGCUGGAAGAAUUUUACAGGGAAGGAGUCAGGAAAUGCCUUAGGGAUAUAUUGGAUAAGAGGGUCAUACCUUCUCUAGAUCCUAUCCUCAAGUUCGAACAUUUAGACAAAGAUUUAGGAUACCUCAUAAAAGAAACUUUCGGUAUUAGGGACACCAUCGAGAGCCCUUUAAAUAUUAAUCCCACUAUUAUCAAUGAGGAAACUUUGUUGACUGCUACAUCCGAAAAAAUUGAAAAUUCUUACUUUUCACCUCCGACUCCCCCCAAAUCAUUGCCGGACUCACCUAUUCCAUUAGCAAUUAUUUCCGAGCGACUUCCAGUCCUAGAAAAUGGCGAUUUGACUGACGAAUCAAGUACCGGAGCUUUGUCACAAUUGGAGUUUUCGGACGGGGAAGAUGCGCAAAAAGAGAAUCUUGAAAAAUCUGUAACAAGUGUCAAGAAAAAGAUUAAACGUGGGAAAGAAUGGUCGGAUGAUAAACAAUUGAAAAGCGAUAAACGCGUAGUUUCGAAUGUCAACUCAGAUGUCGAUAGUAAUGAUAUCGAGGUUUUAGAAGUGUUCAAGAAGGGCUCUGGCCGCAAAAUUAAGCAUGACUCAUUUGUCAAUAGUUUUAGGGACUCAUCGGAGAUUGAUAGACUUAAGGCUAGCUUGAACAGGAGUAAACGAUUAUUUGAUAGACAUCUCAGCGCCCUGGAUUGCGAAAUUAAGGACAUACUAAAAUCUCUCAAAAUGGCUCAAGAUCGAAAUCUUAUUUUUUUGGAAAAAGAAAAUUUUAAUUAUUCGGCACCUUCCCGCAAUCCAAAAUUUCGACAAUUUGUUUUGGAACAAUGCGACCAAAUUAAAAGACUUCUAGACCUCCUCAUAACCAAUAAAUCCAAACCCCUAUCAGAGAGCACUCUUGAUGGAUGCGGUCGAUGUUUGGCCAUCAUCCUGAGACCCUACUUAAGGUUUUCCCUGAAAUACGAAAGUUUUUGUCGUAAAAACCCACCCGAUCAGCAUGAAUGCCUGGAGAGGGGCGAAGAGGAUAUUUACGACGAAGAAUAUGACGAUGAAAUUGGCGGGAAACUGAACAAGAAGCGGAAGAUCGUGACAUCUAAGGGAUUACAUGUCGUGCGCGAGAAGGAACAGAAUUCACAUUUCGAAGAUACGAUAUUUGGAAAUGAAAUCGGAGCUCUUCCUAUGAUUACCUUAGUUCAAGCCUUAACAUCAUGCUCCAUUUUAACAAACUCUAACACUCCCUUUUCGCAUUCCAAUUCUGAUAACCUACAAAUUUUGCAUCGACUUUUCGCUAUUAUAAAUCGUUCUCAGAUUAAAAGGUUCGGCUAUUGGACUUUGUACGCACUUUUGGUUCUCUUUACUAAACGUUUUCGAGAUGAUCUUAACAGUAAAUCUGGGGCCGGUCAAGUUAGUACACCAUCUUUAGGGAAAUUUUUGAGGGUGUACUCAGGUUUUGUUAAAGCUACAGUCUCAAGGGAUGCUUUUAUUACAACACUUAAAAGUGAUCUAACUACAUGCGCCGAGAUGGAUCCUCUCCGCUUCAAAUUUAUAGUCGCCACUUGUGCCCAUGUUAUGCCAUCUAAUCUAUAUGGCUCGACAUUUUCAUCCUCUAAUAAAAGAAACGAUAUCGACAACGAUUUUAAUGAAAAUUUCGAUGAAAGUGAGGAAGAUAUUUCUGACAUAAAUUCAGACUCGGAUACCGAUAAAGAUACGGAUGAGAAAAAAGGUAAGAAAGAUAGAAAGGGGAGUAUGGAAAUGCAGAUGAGCGAUGAAAGUACAGACGAAGAAGGAGAAAGCCAAUCAGAGAAAAUGAAUAAUGAGUUCGCUUUGUUCAAAGAUAUUUUGUCUUGCAUAGAUGGUUCAAGCCUAGAAAAGUUAACUGUCGCUUGUCUUGCCCGGGACAGACCUUCUGAAGAAAAGUUUCUUAAUUCUUCUUUUAGUUCAAACUUUGAUGAUAAAUCACAAAAUGAUAACGAUUUCUGUGACAACCACAAAUUUGACCCAACAUACCUAGAUUUCCUAUGUUCUACCCCUUGCUCAUUAUUUCACAUUAAAGAGACAACCCUUCUCAAUGAAUACAUUGACUUACGCUUGAUAUCAUUUUUCCUAUCUGCAUCUGAUGAUAUCUGUCUAGCCCACCUAAUUCGCUGCAGUACCAUUAGUAAGCGGUGGGAAGUUUACCAAAGUCGAGCUCUUUGGGACUGUCUGGUGCUGCAUUUUAAUUCACCCGAUAAAGCUAAAAUAAAUCGUUCAUUCGUGAAUUUCAUCUUAACUCAUAGAUUGUUAGAACUUCCGUUAGAGCGCGACUCUGGGGUGACUAGACGCCUAUUGCAACUAUUCUCGUUUCCAUCCACUUAUAACGAAAGUGAGGCAAUAGAACAAGAACGCAGUACUCCACCAUCACUUGAAAUCAUUAAAGCCUUACUUAAACGCCCAAUUACAAUGCCUUCCACCCAUAGAAGUGGGCGUAGUCGUGAUGGUUAUACUAGCCAUUUUUCUAAUCGACCUACCCUCAUAACAAUUUUGUUCAAGAUGUGGUCUGGAAAGGAAGCCAGCCGAGAAAAACUCGCCGAAGCUCUUGCUACCUUACUCAAUCGUCACACAGACCCUAGAGCCAGACUCAAAGGUAACUCUCCUACCGCAGUUUCGGUUCCUUAUUACUCUUCAAAACGACUGAAUCAACAAAACAAUCCUUACCAAAUGGAAUCCAGUGGUUUUAGCCCCGACUCAAUUAAAAGCGGAAAUAUGACUCGUCGCUCCCAAAAUAGUAACAUAAACGGUUAUUUAGAUUCUGGUGGCAACAAAGAUUUAUCCUUUUCCCCUUCUCUCGAAAGUUUGUUGUCUACCUUAGAAGCACUUAGAAUCACCACGAAUCUCACGAUGCCUUCCUCCAAUCCAAACUUCCACACGCUUGUUAACAAGCUUACACCUAUUAAUAAGGAUAAUAGCGACAAGGAAAACGUACCCUACCUAUUCCGGCACGAUCUCCUUAAAUUAGCCCUACAAGAAGUAAAAGCAGUGUGCCCUGACUCCUUGAAGUCGCGUUAUAAACAACUUUUUACGCUCAUCAGCGAACCCCAAGAACCUCCAUAUACGAUUUCUCAUUCCCACACCAAUGACAACCAAAGAAGGAAACGAAAGUCUCUGAUCAAUCAACAAAUCGUCGGUGAUAACGAUAGUUCGAACGAAGAAAGUAAGAACUUUACGAGUUCGGAAUCGUCACAUUCAUCUACGGGCGACGAGGAAGAAAAUCAGCAAAAUUACGCAUCUCGCGAUGCUCAAAAGCGAUACAAAAGUUUUAAAAGUGGUGAACGUACAAAACCACCUGAUCCCAAAAAUGUUGUCAUUGGCAUUAAACGUACCGUACCCUUGAUCAAUAGCAUAGGUAACUAUAAUCACAUCAUUACAUCGGACUCAGCGUCUAAGCAUGCAAAUCUCGAAUCAUCAAAACGAAGGAAACGAUCAAUUAAUUCUGUUAAUAAACUAAUUUCUGAUUCGGAUACAACCGAUUCUGAAUGAAAUAUUCAAACUCCGUAAACAUUACUUUAAGAGAAUAAUUAAACUCUAUUUAAUUUCAAUUCAACCCUUCAAAAAAAUGAUUUAGAAUCUUUGUUAUAGUGUAACAAUGAUAUUUAUAAUCAGAUCCCAAUCCAUUAUCCAAAAAAGUCUGAUACAAUUUUAAAUCUCCUUAAAUUAUUGAAAAAGUAGACGAUUAAUUACGUCGAGUAUAAGUUAUAUAGUAAUAGUAAAUUAAUGAGCGUCGCGUGUUCGUUAUGGCAAAAAAAUCGUGCCAAUUCGCUACCUGUAAACAUUGUAAAUAAAUUAUAACGAAUUGUGUACAAAAAAAAAUUAUUCCUUACAUCAUGUCGUUUAAAAUACAUUUUCUAAUUUUUUG